CAGUGAGCAGCUUUUCUUUCUUUUCCCUUUCUUCCAGAGCAGACUGGUACCUAUAAUGGAGAACUAUUGAUUACCUUCAUUCCAUGAGCUGUGAUUUUCAGGUGAGAGUGUUAAGGGCACAGAUGAAAAUGGCAAGUUCCCUAGACUUCCCUCUGCUUGACAUCCUUGUCCACCUCAUCUUGGUCCAGCUGCUUAACCCUUGCACAGCUCAGUUUUCUGUGAUUGGACCCCCUGAGCCCAUCCUGGUCAUGGUGGGUGAAGACGCUGAUCUCCCCUGUCAUCUGUCCCCGAAGAAGAGUGUGGAGACCAUGGAGCUGAUGUGGGUGAGAUCCAGCCUUAGGGAGGUAGUAUACAUGUAUGCAAAUGGGCAGGAAGUAGAAGACCAACAGAUGGCAGAGUAUCGAGGGAGAACUUCGAUUUUAAGCGAUGGCAUCACUGAAGGGAAGGCUACUCUCCGAAUUUACAAUGUCAGAGUCUCUGACAGUGGAAACUACCUGUGUUAUUUCCAAGAUGAAAACUUCUCUGAAAAAGCCACAGUGGAGCUGAAGGUUGCAACAAUGGGUUCUGAUCCUCACAUUGAAAUGAAGGGUUAUGAGGAUGGAGGGAUCCAUCUGGAGUGCGUGUCCACCGGUUGGUAUCCCCAACCCCAAAUACAGUGGAGAGAUGCCAAGGGAGAGGACAUGCCGGCUGUGGCAGCACCUUUGGGUAUAGAUGAAGAUGGCCUGUAUACAAUUGCAGCAUCUGUGAUCCUGAAAGGCAGCUCUGGGGAAGGUGUAUCCUGUAUGGUCAGAAAUCCCCUCCUCAGCCAGGAAAAGACCGCCAGAAUUUCUGUUGCAGAUUCCUUCUUCUGGAGGGCCUGGCCCUGGAUGGCAGCCUUGGGGGUAACCCUGCCCAUCUUGCUGCUGCUUCUCGCAGGGGCCAUUUACUUCUACUUUCGAGAACGAGCAGAAAAGGAUUUGGAACGAAGGGCAAGAGAGUACCUCCAGCUUGUACUGCGUGGAGAGAAGUCUCUGGCCUAUGCUGAAUGGAAGAUGGCCCUCUUCCAAGCUGCGGAUGUGAUUCUGGAUCCGGACACAGCAAACCCCUUCCUCCAUGUUUCUGAAGACCAGAGGAGCCUGAUGCGGACAGAGAGAGAACUGUUGGUGUUCUACAAUCCUAGGAGAUUUUAUUGGCAUUUCUGUGUGCUUGGCUGUAAGAGCUUCACGUCAGGGAGACAUUUCUGGGAGGUGGAGGUGGGGGACAUGAAAGAGUGGUAUGUCGGUGUGUGUAGGGGGAACGUGGCAAGAGGAUUUUGGGUUAAUAUGGCACCAGAGAAUGGAUUCUGGACUAUUCGCCUGUCUAAUGGGAAAGACUUUGUGGCUCUCACUCUCCCCGAGACAAAUUUGAGAAUUGCAAACCCUCCUCAGAGAGUGGGGGUUUUCCUGGACUAUGAGACUGGUGAGGUCUCAUUCUACAAUGCCACGGAUGGAUCUCAUAUCUACACCUUCCCACACACCUCCUUCUCUGAGCCUCUGUGGCCUAUUUUUGGUAUUGAGAAAUCAGAUCCCACUGUUUUGACCAUUUGCCCAGCGCUGACUUGAGUGCAGAGUUCCCUUGUUACUGUGUAUGAUCUUUGCCUGGAGACCCCAGUGCCCCGGGGCUCCGCUGAUGGGAAUGGGGAUUCUCAAGCUGAAGUAACAUCCUUGCUUCUCCCUGCCCAGCCUGGAGCUGAGGGCCUCCUCCUUCACAGCAACACAUCACAACAAUAAAAUACUUACUAAAUGCA